GCCCAAGCGAUGAAAACCCUAUCUUCUGAGGGGAGUCACGACCGUCCACGGCUGAGAGGCGGCGGCUGCGUCCUGCGUGCGUCGCUGCGUGAACGUGACUGCGUCGUCGGCGCCGCUGGUCUGCGUGGACGCUCAUCUCCCCGCCGGCGCCGCUGCCUCCGGUCUUCCCGCCGCCGCCUCAUCUCCCACGGGCGGCUAAUCCAUCCGCCGGCGCCGCCGCCUCAUCUCCCCGCCGACGGACCGUAUAAGCCCCCCGCCGGCGGCUCCAUCUCCUGCUGCUCGUCCUCCCGUCGGCGGCUCCUCCGGUGGCUCGUCCUCUUGCUGCCCCUCCUCCCGCGACCGUAAGCGGCGAGCCUGACCUCUCCAGUCUCCAUCUCGCCGGCGAGCCUGCCUGAACUCGUCCCCAACAUCUGUAGUAGCACUAGCACGUACCGGCUUCUAGCGGCACCAGCAGCAGAAGUAGAAAACGGUUAAGAUGUUUUCCGACCGUUUUCAUCCUAGCAGCUAGUGAUCUUGUGAAUGGAGCUGGCCCCCUUUGCAGCAGCGGCCUCCUCCUCCUGCAAGCCCAGGCUCACCUACACCCACGGUUCUAUCAGCUUCUUCUUCGCCCCUCGGACUCGCAGCUGGAUCCAUGCGGCGGCUGAGGACCAGGGCCGUGGCGACCAACGGAGGAGCGGCCGCCUGGCUGCCGAUGGCCCCAGGGUCGUCGAGGUUGCCACGGCACCUGUCACCCCCGUGGUCACCGUCAGCGGUGGGGGCUUUGCAGCCCAAGAUCCGGAGCUGGCCAAAUGGGAGGGGCUGGGAGCAGUUGUCAGGCUCACCUAUGGCAUUGGGAUUUAUGCCGCCAUGGCACUGACUGGGAGAUUCAUAUGCCAGAUGGCCGGAAUAGACUGCACGGGGGGCUUCCAUCCAUCUCUCUCUGCACUUGUUGACGGACUCGGAUACGCAGCUCCGCCAAUCAUGGCUUUGCUGUUCAUCCUCGACGAUGAAGUUGUCAAAUAUUCACCUCAUGCUCGUGCCAUCAGGGAUGUGGAGGAUGAGGAGCUUCGCAGCUUCUUCUAUGGCAUGUCACCAUGGCAGUUCAUUCUCAUUGUAACUGCUAGCUCAAUUGGAGAGGAACUAUUCUAUCGUGUUGCCAUCCAGGGUGCAUUGGCGGAUAUUUUUCUGAGAGGCACAGAGCUUAUGAAAGAUGCUCGAGGGAUGGCAUCACUGAGCGGCAUGGUGCCUCCAUUUGUUCCGUUUGCUCAAACGUUUGCAGCAGCCAUCACUGCGGCUCUCACAGGAUCGCUCUAUUAUGUGGCUACUGCUCCAAAAGAUCCUACCUACGUGGUGACACCAGCAAUGCGGUCAAACACUGGGCGGGAGAAUCUCAAGAAACUAUUUGCAGCUUGGUACGAAAGGAGGACAAUGAGGAAGAUAUAUUCCCCUCUUCUUGAAGGAAUCUUGGCUUUCUACCUUGGCUUUGAGUGGAUCCAGACCGAUAAUAUUCUUGCACCUAUGAUCACCCAUGGCAUAUACUCUGCCAUUGUUCUUGGUCAUGGAUUGUGGAAAAUACAUGACCACAGGAGAAGGCUACGGCAAAGGAUUCAGGAAAUCAGACGGGAAGAGACAAAUUCAGACACGUCGUAAAAGAUCAGAUAGCUAACUAGCACCACUUUUUGUCAUGGAUGACAAAACGAGAUGAUCAGAUCACAACACCCUUAUACAAGACACCCGACAAAUUUUGAAGAUAGGCACGUACAUAGAAGAUAGAAGAUUAAGUCAACAUGUACAUAAAAAAGUAUACAUAUAGCAGCAAUAUUUACUACAGAUAUUUGUGGCUUUGAGCAAUCGAAACGAAUGUGCACUUUGUCCACGUAGUUGCAUGAAUAGUGACCACUUACCUUUCCUUUUUGCUGUUAUUCGACCUUUCCUUGUGUAGUGAAUCAUGCUAUGCCACCCUUUUCUUUCAGUUGCACUAGGCAGCACGGCUUUGCCGCGCUGAAACACAGUUGAGCAAGUCCAUUAGACCAGUUAGCCCAUCGCAAGGAUUAGAUGUGAAUUGUAUUUACUCCAUUCCAAAAUAAAAUCUUUUCUUUUCCUCUUGUUUGUCACAAAAUAUGUAUAUUUUUGAACAAUUAUUGUAUUAGAGUUUGUGAAUGUUGGGAACAAAUACAUUGGAUCUAGGUAAAGUCAAGAAUAAUUGCACCCGAAUU